AUGAUCGUCAAGGUGUUCGACCACAUAUAUAUCAGUAACGUGUACAAUGCAAACGAUAUUUACCAUCUGAUAAAUUUAAACAUCGGGGGGGUCUUGACGUGCUUCCGGUGCAUGAGCAUCGAGUGGUGUCACCACGACCCCAAGGAGAACAGGAAGAUUUUCUACAAAGACAAGUUUUUAAACUACAAGGGAGAGUUCUUGAGAGACCCCGGAGGAUGGAACCACCCCCCCUUUCCACUAUGCCAAGGCGUAUUAGCAGUGAAAAACGGUCCUCAGUCGACCACAGAAUUAACCCCGUGUAGCAACAAUGCGGGAGAGGAAAGGGCCGAGGGGGAGGAACUUUUUGCAAAACCAUAUGCACACUACGACUAUAUUAUUUACCCAGAGGAAAUUCUUAAGAAGAAGAUUACCAAGGAGACCAUCGAUGAUUACAUAAAAGCGAUGGUACACUUGAAGGACGACGUAGAGGUUAGCUGCAUCUCCGUCGCAGAGAAUGAGGUAUCAGCAUUAGGAAACGAGGAGAUGAAGGAUUGCAUGAGUGAAGUUGUAGAGGGCACGGACGCAUCGCUGAGCGAUGGAGCAGAGGAGAACCCAACCAGACACAGAAGCAGGAGUUUGGCAGAUGAAAAAACUUUAUCCAAUAGGAAGGGUUCCAGUUCUACUCCAAAGGAGGAAAACCAAUCUGAGGGGUUGUCAAGAAGUGAAGAAAUCUUACAAGUGCCUAUCGAACCUGAUGGAAAGACCCCUCUGAAUGGGAAAUCAACAAAGAGAACGACACAAACGGUGUGUGAACUCAAUAGAACCCUGAGGGAUGAAAAUAAUAAAACCGUGCCAUUAAGCAAUGUAUACAAAAUGAAGCAUAUGUAUUUGGAUAUCUUGGAUACCUUUGAUGAAAACAUUCUUAACCAUGUAGACAAGGCCCAUGCUUUCAUCGACGAUGUGAUUAAGAGUGAAAAAAAUGUGUUGGUCCAUUGCAUGGCUGGAAUUUCUCGCUGCUCUUCCAUCAUCCUUUCCUACAUUUCUAAGAAGAAUGGGAAGAGCAUUGCCGAGAAUUUUGCCACCCUCAAGGAUCGCUACCCCUUCGCCCACCCUAAUGAAAACUUCUACAGGCAGUUGCUUCUGUACGAGAGGAUGAACUACACAUUAGAUGGACCAAGCGAAUACCACUGCGUUUAUGAAGAAAUAAAACGUGAUCGGGGUGCGCUGGAGCAGUUAAAAUGUUUGAACCUCAAAAAUGUACCAGAAGCCACGUACAAGUUUAGGUGCAAACUUUGCAGGUUUACCCUCUUCAACGACAACGAUAUCAUUGAGCACGAGUUGGAAAAAUAUAAGAUUAAGAAAAAGUAUGGCAAUUCCUGCACAAGCAUCUUCAUCGAGAAAAAGGAGUGGCUCCUCACGGAGAACAAAAUGAAAGGCCUGCUCAUUUGCCCAAACAAAAAUUGCAGCGCCAAACUAGGGAAGUGGUCAUGGACAGGAAUUUGUUGCUCGUGCGGAUAUUUACAAACCCCUGCCUUCAUGAUAAACAUGUCCAACGUCGACCGCAUGAGGAUUAAUCUUAAUUGA